GCGUAGAGUGAGUGAGUGAAAUUUCCUGCAUCGCCGUCGUCUUGGUCGCGGUGAUAGAGGAGGAAGCUGAUCGCGUGCUGCUGCUAUUGUUUGUGUUCGACUAUUGAAACAAUUGUGCCGCUGUGGGUGAAACCUUCAGCCAUCGGAAGCCGUAGUGCAACGAAAGAUGUCGACCAGUGCUGGUUCGAGUAGCACUGCCGGAAGCGCUGCCGCCGGAGGUGAUGGCGGCGGCGGAGGCAGCAGCAGUAGCAACGGGGGACGCCGCAACGGCAACGGAAACAGCAGCGGAAGCACCACCCCGGAGACGCCGGCCGCACCCAAGCCAGAGACCAAGGAAACCAAGUCCAAUCCGAAGAUCUCAAAGGCGCUGGGCACGUCCGCCAAACGGAUCCAGAAGGAGCUGGCCGAAAUCACACUGGAUCCACCGCCAAACUGCAGUGCCGGUCCCAAGGGGGACAACCUGUACGAGUGGGUCUCCACCAUCCUGGGGCCGCCCGGGUCCGUCUACGAGGGCGGCGUGUUCUUCCUGGACAUCCACUUCUCGCCCGAGUAUCCGUUCAAACCCCCCAAGGUCACAUUCAGAACGCGGAUAUAUCACUGCAAUAUCAACAGCCAGGGCGUGAUCUGCCUGGACAUCCUCAAGGACAACUGGUCGCCGGCGCUGACCAUCUCAAAGGUGCUGCUCUCCAUUUGUUCGCUUCUAACAGACUGCAAUCCAGCCGAUCCACUGGUUGGAAGUAUUGCCACACAAUAUCUGCAAAAUCGAGAAGAGCAUGACCGGAUUGCUCGCCUGUGGACUAAGCGAUAUGCUACGUGAUUUCCUAACUCAGACGUUCUGUAUAUUUUUUAUGUGAAAAUCAGUAAUAUUUAUAAAUCUAUCCGUAACGAAGGAAACAUACUACAACUAACUAUAUAAAGAAAUAAAAAGAAGGAAUAAUAAAAUAGUAGACAGAACACACACACACAGCUAAAACGUUCAGACAUGAAUAAACAUCAGAAUCCACACAGAGUUAAGACAGUGCGCGCUGCUGCAAAGAGUUAGUGAGACAUUUAUUUAACUUCAAAUCCCCCCACUUUCCACAUUUCUGUCCCUACUCUCCCCCUCGGAACCGAAAACACACUCGCAGAGAACUUCCUUCUUGAAAACGAAACCUCGUGGUCGCGCGCUCGGGUUGUUGAUCAACUCAUCCGCAUACACACUUUACUCACUGAAAAGAACUGUUUUUUUUCCUAAAACUCUUUGCGUAUAAUUUUUAAAGAAAAACUUCAAGCGUAGUUAUUGAUUAGAGAACGAUAAUUAAUUAAUUGCUUAGGAUUUAAAAUGAAGGAACCGUCGGAAAAUACACCAUUUUCUCUCACAAGACUCGAGAAUUCCUGCUGGAAACACGAUUUAUUUUUUAAAUUUCUCAUUGAAGUUAGCCAACUAGAGAGACGGAAUUAGGUUAAUUCUUCCUUCCAUCAUAAAAAUAAAAACAAAUGCAAAUGUUUUCUGAGCGAUCGGUCCCUUCUCUCGGUGCUUGCAACAAUAAAACAAAACAAACAAAAAAUGUGAUUGAGGUGGACUAUGGAUGCCGAGAAGACUGACAUGCGGUCACCCCUAAUAAUUGCACGAGAUCUCAGAGACGUGAAGGAAGGCAGCCAAACUGAUCGACUUUCUCAGAAAAUAUGAACCGCCUGAACACAAUUUCUCUUAUUUUCCUAUCAUUACGGACCUUUAUAAAUUUCUCUCAUAAAUUGAUUUUUCCCUAAAAUAAAAUUGAAAAAAAAAAACAUCAGACCGAAUCGCUGAGGUUAAGAUCGGAAUCGGAUUGUGGAAUAAUGUGAUAUGUAAAGACGAAUUGAGAGCUACUACAGAACAAAAACUAAAAAGAAAACAAAACUCAUAAACAAACGUGGAAAUCCCCAUCUUUUCACAUAAAUUGACAGAAGUUUAGAACACAAAUCCAUACAAAAAAAAAAAAAAAAAAACAAUAGUCCACACGUUUUCUUGUGUUGAUUUUUCUUCCUUCGUACAAAUAAACCACGCCCCCAACUCUACUCCUCCUCUCCAACCUCUCUCUCAAGAGAAAACUACGCGAGCAAAUUGGUUGUUCGGCCGAGAGCAACUGCAGGAGAGAGCAAAGAAGAAAACAAAAAAAAAAUAGCGUUGGAGGAAAUCGGGAAUGCAAACAGCCGUAAUUGAAAAAAAUAUUUAAACUAUACAGAUAAUAAAAAGCAGUAAAUGUGUAUCAA